UGCCGACUUACGUUUUUCUGCUCAGAAUUCUGCCCAGCUGUUGUUAAAAAAAAUUGAAAUUUUGAAAUUGAAUUGUAAAUAAACAAAAAUAAACAAAGAUGUUCCGCCUGCAACAAUCGCAACCCGAUCCCGCCGAGGAGCAAAAGCGCGUGUCCUCCGAAGUCCGCUUCAAUUUCAUCCUGUUUGGCACCAUAAUCGCAGUCGUUCGCCUGGCUCCUGUGGUCCUGCAGCACUUAAACACGGCAUAGGCGUAAAGUUAACUGUAUAAAGAAAGUUCAAAGAUCACUAUUAGCAGUUUACAUAUGUAUAUCAUUAUCUAGUUGUUCAAGCAAUUGUAGUGAAAUCCUAUACUUGCACGCAAAAUGCAUUUAUUUAAAGGCACUUUGGCUAAUUUGUAAUGUGUUUAAAGUUUAAA